UGCAGAAUAUUCCUUUGAGGUUUUUUUUGGCACGUUGACACACAAACAGCCACCCUGUAGAGCUGCACAUGUACCCAGAAAAUGUGUGAGAGAGCAUAUGAGAUGUGGGUGUACAUGAGCCACGUCGGUGUGAAUGGAGGAGGUGGUGAUGGUGUAAUUCACUGCAUAAAGCUGAAAAGAGUUUCGUAAUUCUGGGCUCAAUGCACCUGACUUUGAGGGCUUGCGGCCAGGGCUGUGACUCAGUGCAUCUACAUCACAAAGCAGCACUUUGCAGGUCAGAGGCUUGUACUUUUUGUGCUGGUGCAUUUGCAUGUGUGUGUACAUAGAGCUGGAGUAGGGCGCCCUUUUGUCUUAUUUCCACAUCACCAUUCCACAAAGUGAUCAAUCAGACUUCUAGACAUCAAUCAAUAUCAAUAAUAUCAACCCUUUCUUGUGUCCAGAUGCUGUAUAUUCAGAUUAUGUCUUAAUAGCUGAGAUUGUUAGAAUGUGUCUGAAACUUGUAAUUGAUUUGUGAUCAGAUCAGUGAUCUUGGCCACACAGCUAGUGAACAGUAUUGCAGUAAUUAUUGAAUACCUACUUUAAAACCUUGUCUGAGUUGUUUGUCAUAUAAGUCAAUUAUUGAUUGAUUGACAAGUGACUAGGUAGCACUUCAUCACAGUCAGUGACCCAUUUGAGGUGAUGAUAGACUAUUGACGCACAUGCUAUCUACUGUGUAUAUAUAGUCGCAUGCCAACGUCGGGGUGUUUUAAAUGCAUUCACACCACAGUAUAAAUAUAGCUGUCCUUUUGGAUUGGAUCACUCAAGACACAUAUUCAAUCAAUCAGCCAACUUUAUUUGUCACAUGAAAUUGAGGUACAAAUCUAGUUAUAUGUAAUCCCAUCAGCUCCUUCUACUUGUGCAUGAUUAAUCAUAAAGCAGAUUAUUAUUAUUUGUAAUUUUAUUGUUCCCAAUUACUGUAUCAGACACAUCCCUGAUUAAAACAAGCACCCUGAUAGUGCUGAUAAAGUGUCUUAAACAGAUGUUUUCCAGCAGAUGCCUGUUGUAAAUGUACUUGUUUGAGUCUUCACACUCUUCACACUGUUCACACUUCACUUCACACUUCACACAGCUGGUUCUAAUUUAUUUCCUGGAACAAUGGUUGCUACUUUUAAUUGGCUUGUGAGUGCUUAAGAUACUUGACACCCUUUGCCUUUGAGUGAACAAAGGAGGGAUUUUGACAAAAUGUUGUCUUACAAGUAUAUAUUUUAGCAAUGGUAGCGGUUAAGACAAUAAUGUUGCAGAGGAUAAAUUUGAUUUGAACUUUGAAUCCCUAAUGACUAGCAUGACUACUACAAAAGUUUAUUGACUGCAGAUUAUUUGCAUAAAAAUGUACAGUUAAUGUUCCCAUGUGUCCCAACAUUGUUAAUGGUGUUUGUAAGGACAUAUGUGUGAAUGCAGUGUGUGUGCACUGCCUGCAGAAGUAAACAGGUGUCACUCUGUCCAAACUGGUGUGUAUUUCAGGAGGGUUGAGGUGGGCCAGUUGGUUGCCAGGAAACAAAGUUUGGGUAUUACUCAUGUUACACAGGUCUCUGUGUCUCCUGUCUUUCUCUCUGUGUCCCAGCUAGGAGCCAUUUCUCUAUACUGUAUUGGCGCUCUGUGGCUGUCAGGAUGCAACAGUUGGUGUUGAAGGUCCUCUGCUCCACACUGCUGCUUCUAGCAGUGGUGCCCUCUGUGUACCCACAGUCAGAUUGUUCUCAAGCGGAGUCAUGUGACCUGUGCGUGGGCGAGUCCAUGCUCAACCUGACAGGCUGUGUCUGGAGGCUUUGUCCAGAUGGCAAUGAUACAGGCAUGUGUGUGACUGAUGGGGGCAACUCGGCAGACAACGGCAUGAACUGUAGCUGGACUAGGGUGUCUGAAUUAUGCACAGUUGUAGAGACUGUAGCUGAGGGAGGAGGUGAAGGUGACUCAGGUGAUGGAAGUAACACCAACUCCGAGUUCUCCCAGGCCAAGUUUGACAUGUCCAGUUUCAUCGGAGGCAUUAUACUGGUGCUGUGUGUGCAGGCAGGCGGCUUCUUCGCCAUGCGCUUCCUCAAAUCCAAAGAGCAGAGCAGCUAUGACCCCAUAGAGCAACCACAGUGAAGACAUGAUGUAUGAAGGACAAACAGGCGAGGAUUGAGGACAGCAGAGCAGUGACUCAUCGAGGUCUGACGACAGUGGGUUUUUUUUUCUGAGCCCCUGUCAUUUUUGGUUUUUUGUACCUCUAGGGGAUAGGUGUGUUUAUAGGAGGAUAUUUUUCUCAGAAUACCGCAUUGUGUAACGAGUGUCUGUGCACUGUGUUUGUAUAGUAUUUAUAUUCCAGAGACAUUUUGGCUGUUGGUAUUCCUACAAGCUGACAAAUGAGAAACAAAAAGGCUCUGAUUUUCCCAGCACUUUCAGCGAUUCAUCUUUGUGACCAAACCCACCAUACAUUUUCACCAAUGCUACGUGUUAAGUGUUUGUCCUACAAACAACAAGCAACUAGCUGUAUCAAAUCAGCUGUUUUAACUGUGUAAAUAGUACAGUGCGGUUAUGGGAAAGAGUAAUAUAAUCCCAAUGUAGACAGUAGGUCAGACAAGGUCAUAACAGGCAUUUAAAUAUCUUUCAAGAACCCUAAAAUAGACCAAAAAUGAGACUAUCUUGCCCAUCAUCUCAGAGGAUGUCUGUGUUUUUAAUGAGGAGCUGCAUAACUUUCUAGUGUUUUAUUGGAACCAACUAUUUAAAUAUGUAUGUAUGUUAUAUCUUUUUAUUUACUUGCAGUGAGUAAAAUGAUUUAGCUGGGGACCCUAAGGAGCCAUCUCAACAACUCCUGGAGGUCCCUAUAGACCCCACUUUUUGGAACAUAGAAAUUAAGCUUUAUAAUCUUAGCAAUAGUCAUUUAAACUUCAUGCCUACUUACAAUAUGGUUUUACCACCACUCCUCUGAUUUGUGUGUGUUUUUGUUUUGACUUGUCAAUAGCUCAGAGUCUUUUUUUAUAAAUUAAUUUUCAUUGAGGAGAUUUCUGUUUGACUGCUCAUAAUUAUAUUAUAUACAUAUCAGCUUUAACCCUUUAAUAACAGU